AUGCUCAUAGUGACUGACAGUAAUUCUCACGGUAUUUAUCAAGUGGACAUUGCUAACAAUGGCGCAUGUCUGCAAGGAAGAGUUAACUUACUUCUCAGAUUGCCAGUGAAUUCACAGCCUUUUGGAUUGGCCUUUGAUGGUAACGUGUAUAUCGGUGAUUCGGGAAAUGACGGUGGUAUUACCAAGUUCAACCUGGCAACUUCACAAGCUGUUAUGAUUGUGAAAAAUGGUACACCCAACUGCCAAAUUGUGCAUGGCCUCGAUUAUACAAGUGAUGGUAAAAUUAUAUUUGCUGACAGAGGUUCCCGUGUUGUCCGAGAACUAUUGCAAACACCAUCCGAUUGUUUGCAUUCAGCAAUUAAAAUACUUGCUGGAUCUGGAAAAGAUAGCUCAAAUGAUGGCUCAAGCCAUUGUGCCUCCUUCUCUCAGCAAACAGCCUUGUGCACUGAAGGAAAAACUAUUUACGUUAAUGACACAGCUGUUGGAGCUAUAAGAAUGAUCACUCCCACCAACUCAUUAUGCAAAUUUCUCGAGAUGUUCGAUGUACUCUACAAGAUAUUUGGAGUCCACUUGAAGGGGAUGAAGGCGGAAGAACAUACUCUUGACGAGGCUCUGGCGUCCCUGAAUGGUAUCAUUUCAACAUGCAAUCAAUGGAUCAACGAAGUGCAAAAUGUCAUUGGCAAGAAAGUUGCCACACACGGCCCACAAGGAACCGUGUCAUGGAAGAGUCGACGUAGAACGAACAUUUUGAAAAAGGUCUCUGUCAUCUCUUGGAAAUUUUAUUAA